AUGAACGAUCCAGAAUAUAAAUUUAAACUUAUAAUCAUCGGAGAAAGUAAUGUUGGUAAAACUGCACUACUAAGAAAAUAUAAAACAGACGAGUUUCAUGAAUCAUUACUGUCUACGAUUGGCAUCGACACUGUAUCAAAAAAAAUAUUUGUAAAUAAAAAACCCGUUUUACUUAACAUUUGGGAUACCGCAGGACAGGAAAGGUUUUUUAGUAUCACAAAAUCAUAUUAUAGAAAUGCUGAUGGGAUAUUUUUAGUGUUUGAUUUGUCGGUGGAAAACACCCUUAAAAGUGUAAAUCGGUGGUACAAAAAUGUAAUAAGUGAGACAGGUGAUGUACCAAUAUUUCUUAUAGGAAAUAAAAGAGAUCUAAUAGAUGAUAUUAAUCAUGAAAUUAUAAAAAGUAAAUUGCCUGUAAAUAUGAAAUAUUACUCUACUAGUGCUAAAUACGGAUUAAAUGUAAGUAAAAUAUUUGAAGAGAUGAGUAAAGUUUUAUUAAAAAACGUGAAAAAAAAACAGGGCAGUGGUAGUGAAAAAAUAACUUUAAAAAAGAAAAAAAAGAAAUCGUGUUGUUAA